AUGACGACUAUCACGCGUCGAAAUAUUUCAGCUGCAGUUAAAUCAACGGGUUCGGAUGGGGAAAGUGGCGCUGCUUCCUCCUCGAACAAUCGUGAAGAUAAUGCAGAGCCAGAUAGUGACGAUAAGGAAACACGUCUUACAUUAAUGGAAGAAGUUCUUCUGUUAGGAUUAAAAGAUCGAGAAGGUUAUACAUCGUUCUGGAAUGAUUGUAUUUCAUCUGGUUUACGUGGUUGCAUAUUAACAGAACUUGGGUUUCGUGGACGUGUUGAAUUAGAAAAGACUGGUGCUCGUCGGCGAGCAUUAACAAAUCGUAAAGUCAUAUUAUUAGAAGACACACCAACAGGCGAUGUAUUAUUAGAUGAAGCUUUACGACAUAUUAAAGAAACACAACCAGCUGAAACUGUUCAGAGUUGGAUUGAAUAUCUUAGUGGUGAGACAUGGAAUCCUCUAAAAUUAAAAUAUCAAUUACGCAAUGUUCGUGAACGUUUGGCUAAAAAUUUGGUAGACAAAGGUAUUUGUAGUACCGAAAAACAAAACUUUUUUUUAUUUGAUAUGACAACUCAUCCACUUAAUGACAGUGUUCAUAAAAUAAAAUUAAUUAAACGCAUCCAAGAUUGUGUAUUAUCACGUUGGCCAAAUGAUCCUCGUCGUAUGGAACGUCGAAUGUUAGCAUUAAUCUAUUUAGCUCAUGCUAGUGAUGUACUGGAAAAUGCGUUCACCGCUCUAUCAGAUGAAGACUAUGAAGUAGCUAUGAAGCAUGUUCGCGAAUUAUUAGAUUUAGAUCCCGAUCAAGAAUGUAGUAAAUAUGAUUCUAAAAUGGAAGUCAUGUGGUCGGUUGUAUCAGCAUUCAAUAAAUAA